UUCUCUAAACCGUUCCGACCCGUUCCGACGAGAGCCUUGCCAAAGGAGCUCGUAAGCAAGCUGACAGCGAGAAAAAUGACCGAAUCUGGAGGCCUUGAAACGUAACGGCCUUCUUGUAAAAAGGUGGUGGCUCCCGGCAGCGUUUCUGUGCAGCUCCUCAGAAAGUUUGGCAGUGCUGGGAAGUUGUCAUUGCGUGCAUUGCUGUGCCUGCAGGCGGUGCGGGCUGGCGGUCCUAUCUCCCUUGCAGCAAUGAUCUCCUGCACGAAGGGUUUGUUGCAGAGCAGAGGAAGUGCCAGGAAGCCGGGCCGGGGCUUUGCUUCGGCCUAAGUAGCAAUUUAGCCCACGUUGCAAAUGUUCUUAAUUAAUCCCGGCGUUUCCCGGUGAGGCAGAAAAGCGGAAUCCGUUGGGCCGGGAGCGCCCCUUAGGUCCGUCCGUGUGGCAGAGUUUUUUGUGCUGGUGGUGAGCUUACAGAACAGCAGCUCCUUGCAGUGACUUCCCAUGCGAGCCCUUAUCAGAUAGGGCUGCAGCAGCUGCUGCUGCGGGCCGUGGUGCAGGUCUUUAACGUGUCAGCUGUAACGGAGCUGCCUCUGCUCUGCCCUAAAUCCGAGCUAGCUCCCUGCUUCGCUUCCUUCCGAAUGGGUUUGGAUUCAACUUUGGCCUUUCUCGAACGCAGAGGACCUCAGCCUGCACGGCCAGCACUGACGCACGCUCACGCUGCCUUCUGAGCUGGUUCAGCUCAUUUUGGGGUGAAGCUGAAGCUUGGGGACCUGUGUGCAUGUGUUGUGUACGGGGCAGAGCGUGCUCCAUCUCAGCUGGGGGACAGAAGCACGAUCUGCUUCACACAUGGGCGAAGAACUUGGCAGGGAUGGGCGGGUGGGGGAAGCAGGUAUCCGUGCCAUGCGUCCUGCAUCGCAGUAACUCGUUCCUCGUUGGAAGCGGGAGUGUAAACAAGACCAGACUUUCAGACCUGAGCUCUCUUCCCUUUGUGAGACGCCGCUUUUAUGCGCGCCGCAGUAAAGAAGAUCAAAUGCGUCUCUGAGCGGUUUUGCACCCUGCGGAUUGCUUCAGAGCAAAGAAAGGAAUCUGGGUUUCGUGGGCCUCCUUCCCCCCCCACUCUCCCAGGCCGAGAGGAGCCCUUCAGUGUAGCGACAACGCGGUGUGAGCCACAGCAAUGCUCAUGCACGCAGUCCUCCUCACCUGUGUUCAUCUCGCUUUCCUCUCGUGCUUUGGACGCUUCCAGCUGCCUUGCAGGGUGCCCAGCAGGCAAUGUCCCCGCAGGUGGCUGCUCCUUUAAGUCACCCCCAGUGGGAUCUGUUGGGCACCGCACGGUGGGCUUCGCUCCCACCCCUCCAUCCUGCAGCAUUCAGCUCUGGCGCCCCAAGAACCGAGCGGUGAUAACCUCCCUUCCUCGGCAGAGCAGGGGACGGCUUCCUCUCUCCGUAUCACCUCUCCAGCAGUCAUAGCGACAGAUGCAGGCUAAAUGCCUGAAAAGAACCGACUCCUUUGAUGCAGGAGCGAGGGGAAUGAGGUGGUGGCUCCGGGGCGAUCCGUGCACGGCUCCGCUGCUUGGGUGUUGCUGGGUGCGUGCUCCGUGGUGCAGCGCUGCCUUGGGUCUCGCUGCUCCUCCCUGCUGCUUUCUGCAGCUGGAGCAGCGGUGCUGCCGAGGUUUAAUCCAAAAGUCCUCGGGGGGGACGCUGCUCUGAGAGCAAAGCACGCUGCCAGCAGCGGGACGAACGGAGAUUUGUCUUUUCUUUCAUCGCGACUGUGGCAGACUCCCUUGCAAAACGGCGGCGUCUUUCUUCUCUGUCUGCUUUUCGUCGAUAAAGCCUGGACGUGGCUUUGAGAUUCCACAACAGGCACGUUUAUUGGCUAAAUAUUGACACUUUUGCUUUGAAAGCGAGAUAGGAAGGUGCAAAGGAUGCUGCUCUCCUUAGCGAGCGCUUGAAAACUUUGCAGUUUCUGUGUCUCUAGAGGGGUUCCAUCUCCUCUUCAGUCUUGGAAGGAGCUCGGGGCCCUGACCGCAGCAGGGAGCUCCCAUAACUCUGUCCCUGAGUCUGUAGCCCUGGGGGGGGUCGGGAGCUCCGACCUUCGCCUUCACCCCCUGCUUUUGAUCGUCCAGCUCUGCUCUUUUCCCAAAGAGCUAAAGUGAAAACCCCGAAAGCUGCGCAGGUUGAGUGAAAGGAGGAGGUACCGCUAAUCCCGGCCCGCAUCCCUCGCUCAGAUGUGCGGGUCCCUAAAGGAUGCUGCGGGUGCUUUGUGCUUACGGUAAGCAGCUAAAGCCCAUCCGCUUUGUAAUCAAAUUGUCUUGCAAGCCCGGUGAGCUGCGAUGGCCAGAGGGCACUCAUGUGAGGGAUCAUGUGAAGGCUUUAGCUGUCAUUUAGAGGCAGGGCUAUUAAAAGUCUUGUGUGGGGCCGAUGGAGCUGUUAACCCCUCUUGUUACAAUCAGAGCUUUGCUAAUCGCGUGGUGGGAGAGCCGCUUUGAUCCGAGGGGUGGAGGGGAGAGCGGAGGGGCCUUUUCAAGUGCAAAUUUCUUAUUACAGUGUCUCAGUUCGCCCAGUUCUUUUUCUGUCUUGGCUUUCCAUGCUAAUUGUGAGAGCCGCUCCGCCAGUCUGGACCCAAGCAGGAGCAACGUGAAUCGUGUAUUUCAAACAAAGCUGCAGGGAAAGUGAGGUGGGCUGCUGGCGGCGCUGGUUUUUGUCCCUUCAUCUCUUAUUUGUACAUUAUCGUGGGGAUUUGAGAGCUGGGAUGAGCCUCCCCACAGCACUGCAGUCCCAUUCAUUGGGUCUGAAUGUCAGCACAAGGAGCUCUGAGCUCCACGAGGAUGCCCACCUCUAUGGAAGGUCUUUGGGGGUGGGUGAGGAUGCCCACCUCUGUGGAAGGUCUUUGGGGGUGGGUGAGGAUGCCCACCUCUAUGGAAGGUCUUUGGGGGUGGGUGAGGAUGCCCACCUCUGUGGAAGGUCUUUGGGGGUGUGUGAGCAGCAAUACUCAUGCUGGAGGGCUGCUCUCGCUGGGUGCUUCUCAUGGCACGUGCCCUGCUGCACACCGUGCUCCUGGCAGUACAGCUGCCAUCCCACUGCGAUGCCUGGCAGCUCAUUUCAAAACUUUCUGAUGAAGCACAGAGAAAAGAAAAAAAAAAAAAAAACAAAAAAAAACCCACACCGUUCUUAGUUGUUCUUUUUUGUUGCUGUUAUUUUUUUUUUUUUUAACAAAUCUGGUGUUUCCGCUAGGGAUGGAGAAGGGCUGCGCAUCACAGGGCUGGGAGAGGGCCCCCUGUGUGUUGCAGCGUGCCCCCAAAUUGCCCCGGUGCACACCUGCACGUGGAAACCAAGGCCCCAGAGCAGACAGCAGUGAGCAGGGCUGGGCCGUGGUGCUGGGCAAUCAGUGGCUCCCGGUGCCCAGCUGCUGGAAGUGUUACGACAGCCCCGGUCACGAGACUGGCUGGAAAAAAAUAUCGCAAGAGAAAGAGAAAAGGAAGGAAGGAAAGAGGCAAAGAUAGAUAAUGGCUUCUGCUUAUUUGCCUUUUGCUCUCUGAGUCACGGUUUUCAGUUUUACUUCGCGACCGCAAGGGCUAAAACUUCUUUUUUUGAAAAGCCCCAUGAAAGUCAAGAGCUGCCUGUGGCCCUCGGGUGGGGGCUUAAACCUGUCCUUGUCACACAGCACCGUGUCUGACACAGCUCAGUCUCUUUUUGUACCCAAACCGCUCUCAGCUCUUCCUCCAAUUUCCUCUCUUUGAAAUCAGCCCCAUCUUUCAGUAGCGCGUUCCCAACGAACCACCUCUUUUCCCGGCCCCGUGCCCCGGGGGGGGGUCAGAUUAAACUUGUUGUUUCUGCUUAAUUUCAAGAGAUGCGAGCUGUGUCCCCACAAAGAUGGAGCCCUGAAACGGACCGACAACGGAGGGUGGGCCCACGUUGUGUGUGCCCUGUACAUCCCGGAGGUGCAGUUUGCCAACGUGCUGACCAUGGAGCCCAUCGUCCUGCAGUACGUCCCGCACGACCGCUUCAACAAGACCUGCUACAUCUGUGAGGAGCAGGGCAGGGAGAGCAAAGCAGCCUCUGGAGCGUGCAUGGCCUGUAACCGUCACGGCUGCCGGCAAGCUUUCCACGUCACCUGUGCCCAGAUGGCUGGCCUGCUGUGUGAGGAGGAAGUCCUAGAAGUCGACAAUGUCAAGUACUGUGGCUACUGCAAGUACCACUUCAACAAGAUGAAGACCUCGCGUCACCCUGCAGGCAGCUCCUUCAUUGCUGGGAGGCGGAGUCGGUCCACGUCCCCCGCUCAGGAGAAGCACGUAUCCCACCACGAAAGGCCAAAGAAGAGUCGUAAGGACAAAGAAAGACCGAAACAGAAGCACAAAAAACGGCCGGAAUCUCCCACCAGCCUUCCUCCACCCUCGGUGCCCUCGGUCGCUGCGGAAAAGGGCUCCACCAGCCACCAUGAGGGGAGCAAAGAGAGCUCAGAGGUCGGGAGAUCAGAGGUGAAAGGCAAGAAAUCCUCGAGCCAUGGCAGCAGCCACAAGGGGAAGAAGACGGGAAGCGGGAAGAGCUCGGCUGGGUUCAGCUCCGCAUCCUCCAGUGGAAGCUUCCAGCCUGCAGGCACCUCCUGCAGCUCCUUGCAGUGCUCCCAGGAUUUCGUGGCGUUCCCCAAGCUAGAGCAGGACGACGAGAAGUACCGCAAGCCCGUCUCCUCCUCUUCGUCUUCCCACUGCUCCCCGCUGUACGAAGGCCAGAAGGGGGACAUCUUUGAGCAGAAGGUGAUCUUCUCAGGCUUCGGGUCCAUCAUGCGCUUCUCCACGUCUGCUGUGAGCCAGCCGAGGGGCCGUGAUGCUUCCCCCGUGGACUACAAAGCCUCAAACCCCAGCAGUGGCCCUUCGGCGGCGAGCAGCGCGGCCACGAGCAGCAGCCACAAGCGCAUGCCAUCCCUCAGCAUGGAAGAGGGAGAGGUGCUGAAGGAAAAGAAGCACAAGGGCAGCAAGAAGAACAAGCACGGUCCUGGCAGGCCAAAAGGGGGCAAAAGCAAAGAGAUGUUGGGUGCCCAGCUGGCUGGGUCCACGUCGACGUCCUCGUCACCGUUCUCCGGGGGCUCUCUUGUCAGCUCCAGCAUCAGCAACUCUUCGCGGCCCUUCAGCCACACGGGGAACCUGCCCAGCCUCAGCAUGGAGUCCCCGCUGCUGAGUUCAGGGAUCUACACCAGUAACAAGGACCCAAUUUCCCACGGGGGCGGGGUGCUCCGGGCUGUGUGCAGCACCCCGCUCUCCUCCAGCCUGCUGGCACACCAGGGCACCGCGUCGAUCCCGCCGCUCAACCGCUCUCCUUUUGCCAGCACCAUCCCCACCUCCUCCUCCUCCUCGGUCUCCACCACACAGGUGUUCUCGCUGGCAGGUUCCACGUUCAGCCUCCCCUCCUCGCAUAUUUUCGGGAGCCCCCUCACAUCUGGGCUGUCCAUCAACCCGCUCUUAAAUCAGUCGGAAAGCAGCCGGGCAGAGCCCGACCUGGAGGACUGCAGUUUCGGCUGCCGAGGGACUUCGCCCCAGGAGAGUCUCUCUUCCAUGUCCCCCAUCAGCAGCCUGCCGACCCUCUUCGACCAGACGGUGUCCUGCAGCAGCAGCGGACCGCUGGAGAAUGUCCCCCAGGCCACCCCCAACAUCGAGCAGCUGCUGGAGAAGCAGGGCAACGGGGAGGCUGGCGUCAACAUUGUAGAAAUGCUCAAAGCCCUGCACUCGCUGCAGAAGGAGAACCAGCGGCUCCAGGAGCAGAUCAUGACACUGACGGCCAAGAAGGAACGCCUGCAGCUCCUCAACGUGCAGCUCUCCGUCCCUUUCCCGGUGGUGACCAGCAGCAACGGGCCGGGCAGCCAGGCCCACUACAUCCUGCCCACCAACGUCUGCAACAACGAUUCCCUGAGCAUCAGCAAGAGCCCCCCGUGCAAGAACAGCUUUGGGAUCGAGAACUCGCUCUCCACUUCCUCUGAGGACCCUCAUUCAGGUUGCCCCAGCAGGAGCAGCUCUUCCCUGUCCUUCCACAGCACUCCUCCGCCCCUGCCCAUGCUGCAGCAGAGUCCUGCCUCGCUACCCCUUCCCGGGGUGCAGCAGGUGAAUGGCCUGGCCAGGGUGGCAGGCAGCGGGCUGGGGGGUGGCACCACUGCCAGCCACAGCCUCUCCACGGUGCCCAUGGUGGACGGCCUGAUGGGGACCGUGGCAGGAGGCCAGCAGAUGCCCAUCAACGGGAUCCUGGGGAAUCUGAACGGAGCUCAGGCCGCCCAGCCUCCAAGCGCGCUGACGCAGGCGAGCGGCCCUCCGACCUUGCAGCUCUCCACCAGCCUGAGCAGCAUGCCGAGCCUGAGUCCCCUGACGGAGCAGCAGCGGCACGUCUUGCACCAACACGAGCAGCAGCUCCAGCAGCUCCAGCAGCUCCUGACUUCUCAACCGCUUAAUCCGGAGCAGCAGGCCCUGGUGUUCCAGAUGAUGCAGCAAAUCCAGCAGAAGAGGGAGCUGCAGCGGCUGCAGAUGACGAGCUCGUCCCAGCUGUCCAUGAGCAGCCUCCUGGCAGCCACCUCCACCCCCCUCCUGCACUCCAGCACCAGCGCCCCGAUGACCUCGGCCCCCCAGCCGCCCCCCAACAGCGGCUCCCUCAUGGCCUCCCUCUCCCCCCAGCAGCUCAACCCUAGCAAUGCCCUCCUGGCUCCGCAGGCCACCCCGCCGCUCAGCGCUCCUGGGAACAGCCUCAUGGCUUCGGGGACAGGCAUCCCGCCCGUCCUCACAGCACAGACUAACCCGUUUCUCAACCUGCAGGCUGAUGGCAACACCCCGAAAGGAACGAGCAUGACUGAAAAGGGAGCUCCUCUUACCCAAGACAAGGGCUAAGCUCCCUCUCACCCUGAACAAACCAGCAGCCAACUCCUCUCAGCCAGGGGAAUGUGGCUUUCCACAGUCAGCAGCUUUGGUACUGUUAGAGCAAUGAGCACAAGGCUUCCGAGAAGCAUUUCCUGCCGCUGGGCAAUGCCAAGAGGUGCUUUGGAAGACAGCCCGUCUCCGACCAAGCCCUGCUAUUGGGAGGAGCGAAGCUGGGGGGUGGCUUGCCACGCUGCUCCGUGCCCCACGUGCUCAGAGUGAAGCUGUGUUUCCAGACAGAGUAGAGGAGAGUUAACACCGGAUACCUCCGCUCUGCUCCCUGCCGUGAGCGCGAGCGUGCGUUCCGUGCGCGCAGCCCCCGGGGCCGGGGCACUGAAACCAUGGAGCAUCCUCAGCCAAGAGCUUGGUGGAGAAGGGGGGGGGGGGGGCACCCCCUGCUGAGGACGCUUGUGAGCAGUGCAGAGGGUCGUGGCGGUGCCCUCGGAGGCCGUGCUGGAUGUGACCCACUCGGGGACGCGGCGGCCGUGCCUACGUGGUCUGCUCCUCCCCGCCGGGGAGGUGAAGAGGUUCCAUGGCUGAGAUUUCUCACCUGCUGGGCUCCUUGGAUGCUCUUUGUAGCCGUCAUACCAUGCCCCUGCACCUCGGCUGGACCCAGACCCAGCCUGAAGGACACAGGUGGUGGAGCGAUGGGCGAGGAGAGGUGCUCGGAGAGGUGCGAGCCACUGCUGCUUUAAAGGACACGGCCACGUCUGCUCUGCAAGCUGCUGGCGGGUCGGUGCUGUGCUUGCCGUGUGAAAAGCACAUUCCUGCUCUUCGUGCUGCCUCUCUUUCCUUCCAAGAUGUCCAAAGCCUGACGUUCAGCUUGCAGAGAGGGGCUGUGGUCAGUGUUCCCCCCCACCGUCGCAGCCGACUCCAGAAGGUGCAUUUGAACCUGGCCCUUGGGUCCCAGGCCUCGGCCGGGCAGAGGGAACGUGUGUGCGUGGAAAAGACAACCCCAGACCUGGCGCCUGCGCAUCCUUUCCCCACCACGAAUCAUUCCAGCCCGGCAAAAAACAAAAAAAAAACCAACAACAAGAAGAAACAGCGUUCUUCCACUGGUCUUAGGCACUGAGAGAAGGGAUCUCCAAGCAGCCGAGCUCCCACGUUGGGCACCGGACCCUUUCUUCUCUUCCACCUUUUGACCUUAACUCCGUCUCGCAGCCUGGAACCUCAGCCAGGGCCUCUGCUUCUGAGCCUGGAUGUCACGGAUCGAUGGUGGGGCCGCCCAGAGGGGGGGGGGCAUUACGUCAAACGUACACGUGCCCCUUUUUGGCCUCUUCCCAGCUCUCCUGGGGGGGGGGUAGGUGCGAAGACUCCAGCAAACAGAAGCUCCGAGGGUCUGAAAAAGGAACACGUGGGCAGACCUGAAUCUUCUUCAGCACAUUCCCACUGCCCCUACCUGGUUUGCACUAUUGGAAUUUAUCAGCAGUGGGUCUGUGCUGAUGGGACUUUUGAAGGCUGGGUGCGGGCAGAUCUCAUCUGCGACGUCUCUCUUCCUUUUUCGGUUUGGUUUGUUGUUUUCUGUUUGGGAAACGAUCGCCGCGAGGGUUGGAUAAAGCUAAAACCAGAGGGGAAAGCUCCAUCCUCAUCUCCCGUUCUGUGAGCUGGGCAGCACGCUGCCGUCUGCUCAGAAAUAUAUCUUAUUUUAUUUUAUUUCUUUUUAAAUACGGAAAAGCGAACGUUUGAACAAGGUUAAGAAGCUAUCGGAACGAUGGGGAUGGCAGCUAGAAGUGAAAAGGCAAGGAAAAAAAAAAAAACAACCACAAAA